AUGAGUGGGAUCACAGGGGACCUGGGUAGGCUCCAGGGAUGUUUCAGGAGGGAGGCAGGUCAAGGCUCCUGUGAUGCAGGAGAUGAGGAAGCAGCCAAGGCAGAGCAAACUGGGCAAGCCCUCAUCAGCCACCUGGAAGCCCACGUUGAUGCUCAGGAGAAGUUCUCAGCCACCUGCCAGCUGGAAGGCGAGGAGCAGCCGGCCAAGCCCGCAGCACCUCUGCUGCCUCCUCCCCGGAGCUGCUGGGCGCUCAGGAGCCUGUGGCAGAGCUUGUACCACAACAUCCACUUUUCCCUGGAGUCAUUAUGAAAGGGUGACAUGAAAGAGCUCAAAGGGGAGUUCAAGAAGCCUUUUGAGAAGGCCUGCAGAGACUAUGAGAGCAAACUCUCCCAGAUGGAGAAGAAGAAGCAGGAGCUGGCCAGGCAGCAGGGCAUGGUGAAGCCCAGGCAGGAGGAGGAGAAACAGCAGCUCUGCUCCCUCCGGGAUCAGCUGAAGGUGACGUUGCAGCUGGAGCAGAAAGAGGACCCUGGGAAUAGGCCAGCAGGGAACAACAUGCACCAGCUGCCAGGGAACAGGCAGUAUGGCACAGAGAAGUCGGGGACCCUCUUGAAGAAAAGCAAUGGGUUCAGAAAGGUCUGGCAGAGGAGAAAGUGCACCAUCAGUAAUGGCUACCUGACCAUCUCCCACAGCAUGCUCAACCGCCCACCAGCCAAGCUGAACUUACUGACCUGCCAGGUGAAGCCCAGCAUGGAUGACAAGAAAAGCUUCCACGUGGUUUCCCACAAUCGCACCUUCCGCUUCCUGGCAGAGGACGAGCAGGACUGUGUCAUCUGGGUGUCUGUCCUCAUCAACAGCAGGGAGGAGGCCCUGAAUGUGAACUUCAGCAGGGCCCAGGGCAGAGGGGAGAGCAGCCAGGAGGAGCUGUGCCAGGCCAUCAUCCAGGAGGUCAGAGGGAUGCCCGGGAACAGGGAGUGCUGUGACUGCUCAGCCCCAGAUCCUGCUUGGCUUUCUGUUAACCUGGGCAUCCUGGUCUGCAUUGAGUGCUCUGGAGUUCACAGACAGAUGGGUCUGCAUCGUUCCCGCAUCCAGUCGCUGUCCCUGGACAAGCUGGCAACCUCAGAACUGCUGCUGGCGAGGAACAUCAGCAACUCUGGCUUCAACAGUGUCAUGGAAGCAAAUCUCCCCAGCCUCUCCCUGAAGCCCACAGUGCACAGUGACAUGGCCUUUCGGAAAGAUUUCAUCAUUUCCAAGUAUAUUGAGAAGAAAUAUGCCAAGAGGAGCCCUGCUGCUCAGUGGUCCUGCCUGCCAGAAGCUGUCCAGGACAAGGACAUCUUCCCUUUGCUCCAAGCGUACGUGGGGGGCGCGGAUCUGAGCGCGGCGGUGCCGGCACCGCUGCAGGAACCUGGAGAGACCCUUCUCCACCUGGCAGUGCUGCUGUCUGAUCGAACCUCUUUGCAUGUCGUUGAUUUUCUUGUCCAGCACGGCAGGAGCCUGGCAACGCAGACAGCAGAGGGGAACACACCACUGCACUACUGCUGCUCCCACAACAAACCCCAGUGUGUCAAACUGCUGCUGAAGGCCAAAGCCAACAUCUUCAUCACCAACGAGGCAGGAGAGACAGCCCUGGAUGUGGCCAGGAGGAUGAGACAUCCCCUGUGUGAAGAGCUGCUGCUGCAGGCCCAGAGCAACCAGUUCAACCCCAACGUCCACGUGGAAUAUGAGUGGUGGCUGAGCCAAGAUGACAUGUAUGAGAGUGAUGAAGACCUGGACGAGAAGCUGGGUCCUGUGCAGAGGGGUCCUGCCCCCCAGAGCUGCU